AAAGAAUAGAAGGAAGUCUAGUGGCCAUUUAGACAAACAAACUCACACACUGGGAUCAGCACUGGCUGAGUAUACAGCACUGUUGUAUGGGGCCGAGACAGACAAAGGGCUUCAGAAAGAUAGAGCAGCCAUCUGAGGAAAAGGCUGGGAGAUACUUUCAGGCAGCACGGAUGGCUGGAGAGCUAUGCAGGAUUUAGCAGUCUGUCGGACCGUGGUGGAUUUGGGUUUUGAUGCGGAUGUGACAUUACAAACUGCUGGAUCUAUUCAUGGACAACUUUAAAAGACAGAUUCAUGAGCUGUGCUGGUAGAUGCUGAAUGCUGGAAGAUUGAAAGUCUCAGAUGAGGAAAAACCCUGAUUGAUCCAGAGCCGUGAGCAGAAAGUGCUGACCUCUGUCCUCCCUCCAGCUUGGCAUCAUGGGAUCUUCCACACUGGGGAAGGCAGCGUCCCUUGAUACUCUCUUAAAUGAAUGCAUUCAUGCAUUUGAUGACAGUGGGGAGCUGCAGGCCAACCUGCUUCCUCGCAGCCUGCUGCUGAUGCAUCGCUGGUAUGUUACAUCCUCUGAACUGGCAGGAAAACUACUGAUGAUAUAUCGGGACUGCAAAGGCGACAACUGCCAGAGAACCAGGCUGAAGAUUUGCUAUUUAAUGAGGUACUGGAUAGUGACAUUUCCUGCAGAGUUCAACCUGGACUUGGGUCUGAUCAGAAUAACAGAAGAGUUCAGAGACGUGGCGGCUCAGCUUGGCUGUGAGGAGCAUUUUAAACUCAUCGACAUCUCCACCAUUCCGUCAUAUGACUGGAUGCGGAAGUUGACCCAACGGAAAAAGCAGGCCAAGAAAGGCAAGGCAUCCCUGUUGUUUGACCACCUGGAGCCCAUGGAGCUGGCUGAGCAUCUCACCUUCCUUGAGUUCAAGUCCAUCCGGAGGAUAUCGUUCACUGAUUACCAGAGCUAUGUGAUCCACGGCUGCCUUGUGGACAAUCCGACUCUGGAGCGCUCCAUCGCUCUGUUCAAUGGAGUCUCUCAGUGGGUCCAGCUGAUGGUGCUCAGCAAGCUCACACCUCAGAACCGUGCAGAGGUCAUCACCAAAUACAUCCAUGUGGCUCAGAAACUCCUGCACCUGCAGAACUUCAACACUUUGAUGGCGGUGGUGGGGGGUCUGAGUCACAGCUCCAUCUCUCGACUAAAGGAGACUCACUCAUAUCUGGCUCCUGAAGUUGUGAAGAUCUGGAACGAGAUGACAGAGCUGGUUUCUUCCAACAACAACUACUCCUGCUACCGAAAAGCCUUCAAUGAGUGCCAUGGUUUUAAAAUUCCAAUACUAGGCGUGCACCUAAAGGACCUGAUCGCAGUGCAUGUGGUGUUUCCUGACUUUGUUGGAGACAGUAAUAAGGUGAACCUUGUGAAGAUGCAUCAGCUUUACAUGACCUUCAAUGAGCUGGUGUCGUUGCAGAGUGCAGUGGCCCAAGUGGAGCCCAACAUGGACCUCAUCUACCUGCUCACGCUUUCUUUAGACCUUUAUUACACAGAGGAUGAGAUCUACGAGCUGUCAUUGCUAAGAGAACCACGUAACCACAAAUCUAUGCCUACAUCUCCAACGACUCCAAACAAGCCUCUGGCACCGCUGGACUGGGCCUCUGGUGUCACCACUAAACCAGACCCCUCUGUGGUCAAUAAACACAUCAGGAAGGUGGUGGAUUCUGUGUUUAGGAAUUACGACCAUGACCAUGAUGGCUACAUUUCUCAAGAGGACUUUGAGAGCAUUGCUGCCAACUUCCCCUUACUGGACUCCUUCUGCGUUUUGGACAAAGAUCAAGAUGGAUUGAUCAGUAAGGAUGAGAUGAUUGCGUAUUUCCUUCGGGCGAACCCUCUGCUCCAGUGUAAGAUGGGACCAGGAUUCAUCCAUAACUUCCAGGAGAUGACGUACCUGAAGCCCACCUUCUGCGAACAUUGUGCUGGAUUUCUCUGGGGAAUCAUCAAGCAAGGCUACAAGUGCAAAGACUGCGGUGUUAACUGUCAUAAACAAUGCCGGGAGCUGCUGGUUCUGGCCUGUAGGAAGCUGAUUCGCUCUGGCUCUCUGGGCAGCGUUUCUCCAGCCAGACUGACCCACAGCUCACUGCCCAGCAGCCCUGCAUUGCCUACAUGCAAAGAUGAGGACGAGGUGUUUGAGUUCCCAACAGUCACAUCAGCAGGUCAACCUCUGGACUCUCAGUCCAUCACCCUGAUGACCGGCUCAGCCCAGAGAAUCUCUGUUCGUCUGCAGAGAGCCACCACCAGCCAGGCCACUCAGACCGAGCCUCUGUGGCCCGAACAUAGCUGGGGGGUCACAGACAGUGGCUCCCACACCUUCCCCAAAAUGAAAUACAGGACUCACAGGAAGAUGUCUAAAAAUAAAGGUUUUGCCCGCUGGGAGAACCAGAAUGAUGGGCAGCAUCAGGCUGUUUCCUCCUUGUGCAAUGCGGACGCCCAGGAGAAGCCAGAUAUCUCAGGAGAGCACGUACAGAACGGAGUCACACGCAGAGGAAAGGACAGCUGACUUGGUUAUGGUGGUGAGGGCCAGUCCUGGAGGUCCAGGAAGCCUGUGGCGACUGGGACCAGAAAGCUGCUCUCACUUGGGGUGGUGCUGGGCUGCCUGAGGUCUCCUUUUCAGGACCUGGAGUUAUCGUGUCCUCUCCCGACUUCAGCACAGAGGGAGCUACGUGGGCAGCUCAGUGGAUAAUGGCCAAACACCCAGGAUGACACCUCCAUCCUGGGAUCACUGGGGAUUACUUUGUUUUUUCCCCAGAUGUACAUAACACCAGUACUUGAAAAAGUCAGGAGACACAAGAUAUUUCAAAAGUGUUGAGUGGGUACAGAUGGUGGAUCAGUGCUCAAAUGCUAGCUUUUAAGUCCAGCUCAAGAAGAGUGUGACAAAGUAAAAGCAGACAGAAACCAUCUCCUGCUCGAUCUGAAAAACAGAAAAGCGUGGUCUUAAAUCUUGAUGGAUAUGUUGUGUAGAUACUUGAAUGUGAAGUCACAAAUAAAGGGAAAGCCAAACUGAAAGUGAACUGCUGCCAUACAGAAUGUCAGGGAUGGGAGACUGAAGAACUUUUUAACAAAAUUUCUGAAUGUUUAUUACUUACUUUUUGAAAAAUUAUUUAUUCCUACAGUGUACAAACUUGACAGCUGCAGUGUGGCCAACCCUGCCUUUGUCUUUCAAGACAAAAAUGAGCUAUUCAUGAAUUUCACAGCAGAGAAAGCAGCACCCAAAUAACAUCUCCUCAGCAAGGAAUUUGACUUCCCCGGCCUGACACUAGCAUGAGGAAAAAUGAAGCAUUGUCAUUUAUAUUUUUACAAAGCUGUACAUCAUGAAAUAUGGAAGAUUUCAAUGUUGAAUAAAAAUAUGGCAAACAAAAAUAAAGUGAAAUAUAAGAUA